GCGGUUGCAGCGCGGAGCGGAGGAGGCAGGAAGGCGAACGCGAGCAGGCGCUGGGUGGGCACCAUGGCCGGGAUCACCACCAUCGAGGCGGUGAAGCGCAAGAUCCAGGUCCUGCAGCAGCAGGCCGAGGACGCCGAGGAGCGGGCCGAGCGCCUCCAGCGGGAGGUGGAGGGGGAGAGGCGGGCUCGGGAGCAGGCUGAGGCUGAGGUGGCCUCCUUGAACCGUAGGAUCCAGCUGGUGGAAGAGGAGCUGGACCGUGCUCAGGAACGCCUGGCCACUGCCCUGCAAAAGCUGGAGGAAGCUGAGAAAGCUGCUGAUGAGAGCGAGAGAGGCAUGAAGGUUAUUGAAAACCGAGCUUUAAAAGAUGAAGAGAAGAUGAAACUCCAGGAAAUACAGCUCAAAGAAGCUAAGCGCAUUGCAGAAGAGGCAGAUAGAAAGUAUGAAGAGGUGGCUCGUAAGUUGGUGAUUAUUGAGGGAGACUUGGAACGCACAGAGGAACGAGCUGAGCUGGCAGAGUCCCGUUGCCGAGAGAUGGAUGAGCAGAUCAGACUGAUGGACCAGAACCUGAAGUGUCUGAGUGCUGCUGAGGAAAAGUACUCUCAAAAAGAAGACAAAUAUGAGGAAGAGAUAAAGAUUCUUACUGAUAAACUCAAGGAGGCAGAGACCCGUGCUGAGUUUGCUGAGAGAUCGGUAGCCAAGCUGGAAAAGACAAUUGAUGAUUUGGAAGAUAAACUGAAAUGCACCAAAGAGGAACACCUCUGUACACAAAGGAUGCUGGACCAGACUCUGCUUGACCUGAAUGAGAUGUAGAGCACCCAGUCCCACCCUGCCGCUGCUCCUCCCUCUGACCCUGACUCCGCCUGAGGCCAGCCUGCUGGAAGCUGACCUUUAAACUGAGGGCUGAUCUUUAACUGGAAGGCUGCUUUCUCCUUUCACUGCCUCCCACCACCCUCCCACCCCCACCCCCCCCCACCCCGCGUCUUUUUCGCCAAAUUAUCUCUGCCUCCCCUCAGAGAUUUUGAUUGGGCUAGAGGCUGAGCACCUUUGGGAACAACAUUUAAGGGAAUGUGAGCACAAUGCAAAGUGUCUUUAAAAGCAUGUUGUGAUGUACACAUUUUGUAAUUACCUUUUUGUUGUUGAUGUGGCAACCAUUUGUAAAACAUUCCAAAUAAUUCCACAGUUCUCGAGCAGCAGUCUAAUCCCUUCUCGCUUUUAGGAGGUCAUUUUGCCCUCUCCAUAGAGGAGGGAAAGAGGUAUGGGCCUGCCUUACUGAGAGCCCCCGAGAGCCCAGAGAACGACUCCACUGUGGGAAUCAUUGCUUUGUGCAGAGCACUAGCCACAUCGGAAAGGUGAUUCCAGGAGGAGGCCAAAAAAAAAAAAAGUGAUGUUUAGGUUUUAGCUUUUAAAGCAUCUUUGGGCAAUUUAUUUUUUCAUCAGAAGUGACCAAAUUAAAAUGGUGAGACCUCUCCGUCAGAGACCAAAUUCUAGUCCCAUCUCUUCCCUUUCAAGCCCAAUGGUUCACAAAAUGGAUCAUGUGCCCCUUAGGUUGAAGUGACCAGUUAUUUGCUCUCCUGCCUCCUUGAAAGAAAGAAAAUUAUGUUUUUGCCACUGAUUUAGCCAAAUGAAACUCAUCUCAUUACCCUCCUCUGGGUCUGAAGCUGCUGUCUCUAAAAGUGCCAUCUCAUUGUGCUUUGUACCAGUUAGUGCUGGAGAAAUCUUGAAUAGUUUAUGUACAAAACUUUUAAAAUUUUGUAUUAUUUU